AUGGCCGACAACGAGGUGAGCGCAAACCUCGAACAGCGAACUGUCAUGAAGUUUCUCGGGAAUGAAGGCCUAAAAUCAUCUGAAAUUCACAGAAGACUUCAGGCUCAGUAUGGCCACGAUACACUUAGCCGCAGCAAAGCGUUUGAGUGGUGCAAACGGUUCCGAGACGGCCGUACACCAGUGGAGGACGAUCCAGGCCGGGGCGGCUCAGAGCCCAGGGUCAGAAUUGCAGAGAACAUCCAACUUGUAGAGCGCCUGAUCCUCAAGAACCGACGGAUAACAUGUCUCCAACUGGCUCGAAAGACGGACUUUUCUGUGGGAACGUUGAACACUAUCAUGAACACCUCCAGUUUCGGAAAGCCCGUUGGGUCUUGA